AUGCCCUGCAAAGCUUGUGGGCACAGAACCCUUAUCAGGGAUGACGUGACAGAGAACUUGAUAUGUGAUUCAUGUGGUACCGUCCAGGAUUUCAACAACUUUCAAGAACGUACCUUUAACAUUAAUGGCCCAACAGGUGUGUUUGUAAAUAUAGGUUCGUCAGGUUAUGGUAGUGUUUUGAAAUAUAAAGAGAAGAAGAUUUAUGAAGCAAAUAAUUUAAUAGAUGAUAUUGUUUUUAAGUUAGGCUUAACCGGUGGUUCAAAAGUUAUUGAAAUUAGAGAUAUGAUUGAGAGAGUUACUGAAGGGGAGUUUGGUUCAAGUGAGAGUAAAUGGUUUAGUGUUUUUGUUGGUGCUUGUGUUUAUGUUGUAAUGAGAAAUGAUAAUAAAAGUUUGAGUAUUGAGGAGGUGAGUAGUGUUGUUGGGUGUGAUAUUCAUGAAUUGGGGAGGAUGGUGAUGAGAGUUGUUGAGCAUGUGGGGAUUAAGUUGCCAGAUUUUGAUAUAGUGGGGAGUUUUGAGAGAGUGGUUCGGAGUUUGUCGAAUUCGGGGAGGGUUGAGGGGGAUUUAUUGGAGAGGGUGAAGAAACAAGGGACUUUUUUGGUGCAAUGUGCUGUGAAGUGGUUUUUGACGACAGGGAGGAGGCCGUUGCCAGUUGUUGUGGCGGUUUUGGUUUUGGUUGCUGAGUUGAAUGGGGUGGAGGGGGUUAAGAUUGAGGAGCUUGCGAGAGAGGUUCAUGUUGCUGUUUCUACUUGUAGGUUGAGAUAUAAGGAAUUGUUGGAGGUGAUUGUUAAGUUAGCACAAGAGAUGUUGCCAUGGGGGAAGGAUGUGAAUAUGAAGAACGCGGUGAAAAAUGCGCCAUUUGUGAUUCGAUAUUUGGAGAUGAAGUGUAUUGCGAAGAGUGGUGGGGAAAGAAAUGAUUCGGGCAGUAAUGGGUUUGAUUUGGGAGAAGUGGUUGGUGAGUGUUUGAAGAAGAAUGUUGAGUAUGGGGUUGAAGAAGAUAGUUUGGAAUAUGAGGAUUUGCGAUAUUUUGAGUUGGAAGAUACAAUUGGGUUUGAUAAGACUGGCAUUGAUGAGGUGGAUAAGCUUCAGCUUUCACAUGAGUGCUUGUCCAUGAUUUAUGACAAGUUCCUGAUGGAUGGUGGUUGUGGUAGAUAUAUGGAAGAAAGUGGAAAGGUUCAUGGGAGGAAGAGGAAGAGAGGGCUUGAGAUUCAGGCAACAGAAUGGUGGAAUGGGAAAUCGGAGUUGAGCAAGAAGCUUUUGCUAAAACAGUUAUUGGAGAAAGAUGUAGGAUUUAGUGUUAUGCCUCCAUCUUUUGUCAAUGGUUGUACGACAAUUAAAAAGAGGAGAGCAAAGAUAAAUGCAGCAAAGCUACGGAUUGAUAGGAUCAUGAAUCCACAAAAUGCUGAUUCAGGUAUUGGCAAAGCUUGCAUGGUUGAAGGCUCACUGGAUCAGAAGAGGAAAAGAAAAUCACCGGUAAAAGAUAUUGAUUGGGAGGAUUUUGUCAUCGAGACCCUCCUUCUUCAUCAGGUGAAACAGGAGGAAAUUGAGAAAGGGUACUACAAUACCUUGCUGGACUUGAUGGAUUUCAUGGAUGUGUUUGUAUUCUUGCUUCCGGAGUAUGAAGAGAUAGGAUCUAAGUGUGUUUCAUCUCCAUCUGGCAUUAUGGAUUCCAAUUACCCUGAACUGAAAGCUAUCAGAAGGGCCCUAGAAUUAUUUUCAAGUUUGGAAGCAGUACCUGCUCACUCCAUGUCGUCUUGUGGCUCGCUAGGGAGGGCGAGCACCCUUGGAAAAUGCAGGUUGAUUGUAAUGGCAUCUUCUCUCUGCUGUUUCGCCUUCAAACCUGUUAAACAAGUACUUUGGAGCUGUUUCAAACUGCUAGUAGUGCAGCAUGCUGAGGUCCUAGCAAUAGCUCCUGCUAUUUUUGCUCUUCGAUACUGUGUUAUUUAUUCUGAAAAUCCAGGAGAAAAUUUUGAUCAUGAUUUUUGGAAGGGGAAAAAAGGUAUGAUGAUAUACUAUCCUGUAAUGUUCUCAGUUCUGGGGACCAUCAAGAUCCAGGUUUCCAGACCAGCAGAAUUGAUUUUGGUGCUUGUUAAGCCAUACAAGGAGAAAGGAAAAGCAGCAAUCAAGUAUGUCAUCCUUUUCUCCAUAUGUCCUUUUCAGUCUCACUUCUGGCACUGA